AUCGGAUGAAUAUCAGGUCGCAUGUCCAGUAAAGACACCCCAAAAAAAGCAAAAACUAUCGCGCCAACACUCGUCGAAUUUUCGGUUGCGAACACAAAGUACACAUCGCAUACAUAGGCGCAUUAUCGUCCGGAAACGACUAAAUAUACGCCAGGAACGGUUAUUCCCGCCAAGCACGCCAGCACCCGCCCACCAUAACUGCCACCAUCCGCCCUUGCGUUGCGACGAACCCAUCCCCAAGCCCAACGUUAUACAACAACCACACGCUAAAUUCCCGGCCGAACUUUUAAAAGAAGACGAAGGAGACUAUAUUUUUGCGACGACCCUAACGAAUAGUUGUUACACGAUUAAAACGACGUCAUCAACCAUUCGUCGCAAAACUUCCAGAAGGACAAAACCUAUAAACAUAACCGUGACGAGACAAAGCCAAAGAGACGGAAGACGAAGGAUUGGGUGGCCGACUGAAGCAUCCCUCGUUCCCCCGCUCGUCCCCCUCUGCGGAGGUUGACGAGCGUGGACUCCACGCUCCCUCUCCCUUCGAUCAGCUGGCACCAUGUCACUAUACUCGAGCCCGCCCCCGUACCGUGACUUCCUGUCAGACAAACCGACACUGCUGGUAUGCUGGUGGGCCACCAUAUUCUGCGCCACCAUCAUUCUGCUAAGGAUAGGAGGCCGGUUCGUGAGGAGCGAGACUUUGUUCACCGAGGACAAGAUUGCAGCUCUGGCUAUCUUGCCACUUCUUGCCCGCAUGGGCUGUGUUCAUGUUGUUUUGCUAUGGGGCACCAACAACGCCGAUUUCACGGGCGUCGAGCUUUCGCAAGAGCAGGUGCACUUGAAGGAGCUGGCCAGUAGGCUGGUACUCCUGAGUCGCAUCUUGCACGUCGCAACUCUCUGGGUCCUCAAAGCCGCCGUACUCGAAUUCUUCAAGCGGCUUACCGGCGUCUCAUGGCAAAAGUCAUACGAUAUCGCUCUUACAAUUAUCCGAUGCUUGUUGGGCCUGACAUUCCUGGCUGUCGUGGCUAGUGCUCUGGGCGAAUGUCGUCCAUUUGACCAUUACUGGCAGGUCAUUCCGGAUCCUGGCGGCCAGUGCCGCCAGGGUUACGCGCAUCUGCUCACAAUGUCCGUCUGCAACGUCAUGACCGAUCUCAUCCUAGUUCUUUUCCCAGCGCCCAUCAUAAUACGCAGCGCCAUGACUGUCAAGCGCAAGUUCCAGCUUGUCUUGCUGUUCUCGCUCAGUCUAUCAGUGGCGGCCGUUACCCUCUACCGUGUGCCAACAGUCAUAUCACACCAUGGAAGCCAGCAAAUAAGGUCCUUGCUAGCAUCCAUCGAGCUCCUGUUCGCCACAGCAGCCUCGAAUGCGCUGGUGUUGGGCACGUUUGUGAGGGAUCGCGGCGUCAAGAAGAGGAAGUUCAAAUACGGCUCCAUCGCAGCCGACUCGCUUGAUCGGGCAAGUUCUCGCUCACGUCGCCCUACUGUGGUUCGGCACUGGGGAAGCGAUGAGGACUUGGUCCGCGGCCUCGGCUUAGGAGUCCAGCCCGAUCUCCGAGACAGGCCCGAGUCACCGGGACUGAGCCACCACUCUUACUUCCACCAUCCGGCCCCCAUGGCGCGGCUUGGGGAUAUCGAGAGCUGGCAGUUCCCUUCCGACCGGAGGGCCAGUGGGGGAGGCAGGAGCGAAACAAUGAGCGACUCGUCUCUGCUUAACAAUCGGGAGCACUUGGUAUAUUCUUCGCGUAGCAACUCGACCACGACGCCUCGGAAGGUUUCCUUCUUUGAUGUUGGCGGUCUGCUCUCGGACGAUGAAGAACGAUCAAAUGCGCGUAGGGAUAGUCGUAUCAGCUCCAUCAGCUACCAAUCCGGUAUCGACCCGCUUGCUACGAUCCCUCGCGGCGGUCCCCCUUCACCAACUGUGAAAGCAAGCUCCCUGGGCUCACGUAGGGGCUCAACAGCACUCUUGCAGGACAUGGGAGGCCUACUUGGCUCUCUAGGUGCCGGCAACAACGGCAGCGUAAGCGGACUUACGAGUCGAAAUGGUGCUAAAAUCAGGAGCCAAGGUCUACAUUAUUCAAGUCCUGGAAUGACGGAGCUGGAAGCAAUACCACAAGAGCCUCGUUUCGAAUCGUCUCAUCCAAACGAAGGCAGGACUACGCGAAGAGAGAGCUCAGAUUUCGACGACUCGACUAUAUCAGAGCACCUGCCUGAUAAGAAGCAUGCCGAAUAAGGCUGGUCGCACUACGCUACUGGUGUCCAGGGUCCUUGCUUUCGUCUCAAACCUUAUCAGCGACAAAAAAUAAGUCGCAAAAAAUGUAUUAUUUCUAUGAUGGGACGACAGGACUUGGGGGAAUCAAUGACCGGGGGGUUUUUGACACAUUUUCUCUUUUUUUUUCCUUUUUUUUUUUUUUUUUUUUU